AGCAGCGCGACGCCCCGGCUCAGCCCGAACGCCGCGGCAUCCGAGCGGGAGCCCGAGCGGGACCGGAGCUGGAGUCGAAGCUGGAGCCCGCACCGAGGCGCACGGAGCGGAGCGCCGCAGCCAAGCCGAGUGAGUGGAGGAGCCUCCCCUCAAGAAGUCAGAGCUGUGCUCGUGGGCAGGCUGGCUCCGCUGUUCUGCUCCAAGGAUUACAUGUCCUUCAAACGCCCUUGCCCCUUAGCACGAUACAACCGUACCAGCUACUUCUACCCAACCACAUUCUCCGAAAGCUCUGAGCACAGCCACCUGCUAGUGUCUCCAGUGCUGGUGGCAAGUGCUGUCAUAGGUGUGGUCAUCACCCUCUCCUGCAUCACCAUCAUUGUGGGGAGCAUCAGAAGGGACAGACAGGCUCGGAUCCAGCGACACCACCAUCGCCACCGCCGCCACCAUCAUCAUCACCGUCGCCACCGCCACCACCACCGGGAGUACGAACAAGGCCACGACUCUGGAGGACCCUCACACAGCCACGCCAGCCACAGGAUGCCCCGUGCCUGCAGCCCUGCCGAGGACUGGCCCCCGCCCUUGGAUAUCAGUUCUGAUGGGGAUGUGGAUGUCACAGUGCUCAGGGAGCUGUACCCAGAUUCCCCACCAGGCUAUGAGGAGUGCGUGGGACCAGGGGCCACUCAGCUGUAUGUCCCCACGGAUGCGCCACCACCCUACUCGCUGACUGACUCCUGUCCCAUGCUGAAUGGCACCCUAGACUCAGGCAGUGGCCACGGCCAACAUCAGCAGCGGGAGCAGCGGACCCAGGGCCAGAGCGGCCUCCAUACUGUCUCCGCAGACACGCUGCCCCCUUAUGAAGCUGUGUGUGGAGCAGGCUCCCCAUCCGAUCUGCUGCUGCUGCCAGGACCAGAACCACCGCCAAGCAACUCCCAGGGCUCACCCACCCCACCCCAGGUUCUAGCCACCAGCCCUGAGAGGACUGUAUGAGUGACCUCGGUCCAUUGGUCCUUCCAGGCUGCCGUAUCUCCUCCAGGCACACCGGUGCACACACAACUCAUGCACAUGCUUAUAUAUGACUACAAACACAUACUGACAUACCCCAAGUGCACACAUGACACACAUUUAAAUACCUAAAUAUACACGGGUCCCACUACCACACAAACUCACCUAGGAAGGUUCUCUUGAGAUGACGUGCCCCCUCACUGGUGUCUCCUCCUCCCCAGUGUGGUGCCUGGUGGCAGCACCUCUGAACUGUGCUGGGCAGAGGUGAGACAGGAAGUCCUACUUCCUUCCCCCUCCCCCAGCCUCCUCUAGGCUGUGGCCACACUUGGACUCUCCUGCAGAAACUGCUUGGUCAGCUUCCUGCCACAACCCCGACCCCAGGGCUUGUCCCACUGGGAGCUGAGACAGGUUCCAACGAGGUCCCACUAUGCACCGUGCCUCUCAACUCCAGGGCAGAAGAGCCACAAUGUCACCAUCCUGCCACCCACAGGGUGGAUAGGAACAGGUGUGGUGGCUCAGGCAUGGCCUGGAGGUCGUCCUCGAAGCCGUCCGAGCCUCUCCCUGUCUCAGUAUCCUCAGUUUGGCGGUGCUAGUCGGCUCAGCCACCCACCCUAAGUCACAAGGGGAGGACAGACCCUCGGGCACGCGUCACGGAGGAGCAUCACAGUUCUUCCCAUGUCUGUGACAGCACUGAAAGCUCAAGGGAGACGGGGUGCAGGCAGCCUCACCACAGUGCUGCCUAGACACCAGGCAGAGGCUCAGAAAGGCCCACUGCUCAGUAAGCGCCCAGCCAGUCCUGGUAGCCUGAGUACAAGAGGUUUCAAGUCGACCCAAGAACCAGCGCUGUCAUCCAGGGUGGCAACUGGGGACUGAGUUGAUGAAUUCUGGACUUGCCUCUCUGGGACAUAUGCAGAGACAAAAAAAAAAAAAAAAAAAAAAAAGGAAUAUGGACUCUGCCAAAAAAAAAAAAAAAAAAAUCACCAUGCUACUAUGAGAAGACCAGUGUCUGCUGCCAACGUGCCAUCACAGAAGCAGGUGUGUGGAAACAGCCGGUUGGAUAGGGCUCAGAUACUAGCCUGUGAGCUCCAGCAAUCUCCAUCAAAGACUAUACAAGGUGGCAGAGGUGAUCUCUGAAGACCCCGCUUGCCAAAGCUAAGCAUCUUUAAGGAAUGUCCUGCUAGCACUGCUGCUUGCAGGAAGCAAGACACCCUCCCUCCACCACUCCCUACCUUUGUCUUUGUCACUCAUGCCAAAGCAGCAGACCCAUUGAUUCCCCCCCCCCCAUUUCAAUUCUUCCAACGAAGGGCUAAGAAAAUUCAGCAACCCCUUUCUUAAGCAGAGGGGUGGCAAGGACAGCUACCUUGCAUUUUAUUUUCUAUAGAAAUAGCAUUUAUUCUAAUGCAGAGCUGAAAGGGACCCCGCCCACAGGUUCUGUAGCAUCCUGCAAGCACCCUAGAGUCACAGGCUCCGCCUUGGGGAGGAAACCUGGUUUACAAGCAGUUUAGCCACCUUUGUGGUGUUCUGCGUUCUAGGCAAAAAACGUCUGUCUGCUGUACUGUAUAGCCUUUAAAAUGCAGCCCAGGGAUGAGAAACGCAGCCUGUUUCUAUAGCUCUGGAAAGUGCUAGGGGAAGAAAAACAUCCCUGCCUGCUCAUCAUGUUGGAGGGAUCUACAGAACAGCUUUUCUCCUCCCUAGACUAGGCUGAGUAAGCAGCAAUGUAUCUUUUUUGUAUUCAAAAUAAAUACAUCAUACCAAACAAAGAAGUAGAAAGAAGUAACACUUUCAAGGAAUGCAUGGGGGUUCUGGCUGGCUGCAUACUGAGAGGAAAGGAACUUUCUAAACGGAAGCAGUCUUAAAUCUGCCUCUGGACAUUGACAUGCCCAGUUUGGCUAUUUCUCAGGUUUGAGCCCUGAGGUCUCUCUCCUGUAGAGAGGGACAUUUGUAAUGCUAGUCUCAUAGGACUUCCUUUGUUUGUUUGUUUGUUUGUUUCUCUGCUUUUAUUUGGGUUUUGGAAACAAUAUGUUGCUAUGUAGCCCAGCUCCCAAUCCUCCUGUCUCUGCUCCCCUAGUUCCUGGAGACCUCUCUAAGUCUAGACUGGCUGACCAGGCAAGUCUCUAAAACCUCCUGUCGCCACUCCACUCCUGCCGAUGCUACUGCGCUUGGCUUUUUCUGUGGUCGUGGGCAUCUGAACUCAGGUCCUCCUGCUUUACAGCAGGUGCUUUACCUACUAAGCCACCUCCCCUGCCCCCUUCUUACAUUUCUUUUUGCCUCACUGAAACAUGGGAUCACUUCUCCAAGACCUGUCUGAUGUCACUGAGAAUGCGGUGAGCCACCAACUUCAGGACUUGACUCAAUGUAUAUACAAGGUACCUACCACCUUUUGGCCUUCAGUACUCCAAAGGCUUAUCCUUCCAAGAAAAAUAGGAAAUGGUAUCCAGUCAGAAAUAUACUCCUUGCUCCCCUCCACAGAAACACUGCUCUUUCCUAGAGCCCUUCAGACAGAGGGUUUGCCUGGUGACCUCUUUACACAUGGAGCCUGACUUCUUUUCUAGGACACAUUUUCCUUCUACUAAAACUCCAGUGCACCAGCAUAGGCCUAGACCCCUCAAGAUCACACCCUAAAUUGGGGGUGUGAUUGUGAGACACGGACGCACAGGCUCCUUCUGGAAAUCCCAGCACUGUCCAUGCUCAAGCACACACUGCCACCUGCUGGCUCUCUCCUGUCAUUGCUCAUAGUCACAGAGUCCACCCUAGAAUGAGGAAGUCCCUUUAAUCCCACAGCCUUGGGACACUCAGAGCUGUAUGCUGAGCCUGAUGCUUGGAUCCCGGGCUUAUCUCCUACCACUGAGAUGUUCUGUGAAGUUGAACUUAUUCGUGCAUUUUCUAGAGGAGACUCUGUCCCUCAGUCUCGCUUUCUGCGAGUUCCUGUUGGCCAUGCUCUCUUCUCUUUGUAAAAUACUUGCCCCUCUGUUCUACAUGCUACUAUGCUCCACUCUGGGGAUCUUCCUCCUUCAUGGUGAUGCUAUCCAGCCACGUGCUGACUUCCACCCAGACCACCUACACUGACACUCAUUCUAGACAAUCAAAACUCCAGGGACUAUCAGCCUCUCCCUGUCUCUUCCAUCCACAUACCCCUUGGGCUGAGGGCAUCAUGCUUAAGACUGCAUGGUCCUACAAGGAGUUUGGCUUCUCUCUUUGCCAGGAAACAAGACCUAAGGAGAACAGCUGGGUGCCUAGAAUCCCCAGGAAAUGGCAUGUGGUGGUCCAUUACUCCGGUGGUAUGCCAGAAGGAAGCAUGAGCAGCCCCUGGGGUGUCGUCAAAAGGCUGGUCAGGGAAAUGGCCUUGGGGAAGUAAAAGAAGGGGGAAGGAAGCCUGGGAGGAUAUGGACCACCAAAACACUCCCAUUGGUAAGAUGGGAGACACCAUGCAUGGAAGGCCUCAGUGUUGGGCUUCCGGAGGUGACAGAUGUGUGUCACUCAUACCUGGCAUCGGCAGCGCUGCUUGGAGGUUUCCCUUUACAGAGUGUCCAUUCCUGCCAGGCAGGCUCUUCUGAUCAGAGGAGGACUUCACACAGGGAAGUCACAGCUUCCUUGUUUGGCCGACAAAGUCGUACAGUGGCUGAGUCAUUACGGGUGGACACAGAAAGUCCCAGGCUUUGGAUAGCACUGAAGGCCUCAAGCAAAGGGGGAAGGAGCAAGACACUAGCGAGGCUACAGAAGUCCAUGGCUACCUCAUGCAACAUCCACCACCACCGGGUUAAGCCUGCAUUCGUACACAAACUAAGUCUGUGUAGCUAGGUAACCCGCCCCCCUCCACAUGCAUGCACACAUGCACACACGGCACCAGUGCUUAACGCCCUCCUCCUGUGGUCUCAACCACAUUUAUUCGGACAGCCUCGGUGCCCACAUCAGCAUCCCUUUGGUGCAGUGCUCCCAGCUGCAAGCCCAGGUGUUACACACGGAGGUGGCCCAGACUCAUGCUCAGGUGUUCCCUUCUGCAUCCUCUGACACUAGCAUGACUGUCCAGAGUAGAACGGCCACAGCCUUAUCGUCUCAGGGACAUCUGUUGUCCUGGGUCCUGUUCUGCUUAGCUACAUGGUACUUCCCAAGCCCAAGAUGACUCUCUGGAGCCCUACUAGGCAAGUCUAGUAGGUCUGAGCUUGGAGGCUAGGCAACACCUUUGACCACCCAGCUGUGCCUGCCCAGCACGUCUCCAAGAAAUCCCAAGGUGGCAGUCCUGUUAUCACAGCCUCAGCCACGGAACUGCCACACUCUUCAGCGCAACUCCUUGGGUCAUAGGGAGAGGCUGUAGGGUAGCAUAGGUUGGUUUCUAUUGAAAGGGAGAACGUGGCCCUCUGGCAGGCUCUAAGCCCCAACCGUCACCCUUUACUCAACUGCAAGAGACAAGAAAUAAUGGUUCAUGUAACUAAAUUGUCCAAGUGAUAAAUCAGACUCCAGGUAUAGCUAGAUCCAGGAAAUCCAAGCACAUGGGUUGGUACACUGUUUCUCUAGACUGACACCAUACUGUCUCCAGUCUCCCAUUGGGAAAAUGGCAGCAAAUGUCUCAUGUCUGAGUUGGUUGUUUCCUGACCCAGAAUGAAGAGAGAUCCUCUCUCUGCCAGAAAGCAAAUAACAGAUCUCAGAGAAAUCUGACUGGCCUGUACAGGACUCUCCCAGAGCCCCUAAGUGGCUGUGGUUGGGGGCAGGGCAAGGGAGGUCUCUGAUUAUCUCUGGCCUGAGGACAUGUGCCACUCUGGGGAAGGUAAGCCAAAUAUUCUAUCCUAGGAUGGGUUUUCCAAAAGAGAGGAAGAGGCAAAGAGGACUGUAUACUUGCAGAGCAUCAGGCUCUAGCCUAUUUCCUCUAUCCUACCCAUAACCCAACACGCCAUGCCAACAUACCACACUCUGCCCACCUUGGCCCUCUCCAUUAUACUGUACCUGUCCUGGUACUUACCAACCAUCAGUCUAAAUGACUGCCAACCAGAAGUAGAUGGUGACCAUAUGGUGAUGGCAGGUGCCCAGGAAGGCAAGGCAGGGGAUGAUUGCUGACCAAGGCCCAAGGCUGAUGAAGUCAGAAUUGGCCUCCAGCUAGAAUGGACUCACUGGGCAACAUCCUGAAUCCAUCUCAACUCUUACCUCCAAGGUUUCUCUGUUGGAAAAGUGGGUACAUCAUACCCAGAGAGGCACAGCUCCAAUGUCCAUCAUGACUAGCUGCAGACUCCAUCCUAAAACAAUUCUAUGAGUUUUGUAAGUGUAAGACCCUCACAAGAAAUACAGCUACCUCCAGUUAUUAUACAGGCUUUGCUUCUAAAGAGAAACGUAAGUUUGGGCAAAGGUCUAAGGAAUGGAUCUGUGACAUCAUGUAGGGCCUGAGGCCACAGUCCAGAGAUUGUCUUCUCGCUCUCUCAAUGGGACUCUUGUCUCUCCUCCUCCCUGGAUUGUUCCCAGGUAUCUUCCUGAGGCUGUCGGUCCGGGGUCAGAGAUGGUUACUGGAACGCAGUCCAGCACAGAGCUCAACAGGGGCAAUAGGGCUUUGGAAUAGAAAACCUGUAACAGUAUAGUUCUAGUCUGACAGAAACAGCCCUUCCCCUGGUGUUAUGCAUGACAGUUAAGUGCUGAGUCUCAGACCUAGGACAAUGCCCAGGCAGUACCUUUAACUGGCUCUCCCACCCUUAUAAGCCCAAAUUCACAGAUUAUAUAGGGACCUUAGGAGCUGCUGAAAAUGAACAUUCCCCACUCUACUGAGACCAAAGCGGUCCUUGAAUAUCCCUUGUCCCAACUCCCUACUGAUCCCCGUUGUUCCCCCAAAGCUAAGCAUUUAGACAGCUGGUUUCUCUUUGAGGGCCCAGAAGGUAUAACUGGUUCUCUCAACAACAAAUACACCAGGCUGCAGCAGGCCAAUGUAGAACCAGGCAUCAGGCCAGAAAGAUGCAUGGAAAAGCAGGACAACAUGAAGGGAGACUUCAGGAACCUCACCUGUCAUUUCAUUCUCCCUGUCAAUCACAGCCUCCCUUUGAGAAUUAGGAGAGGCCAGUGACUCUUAGGCAUGACCAGUUCCAAGUGCUGGAGACUAAGAUGUUAGGGAAACAUCUGUUGAGGAAAAUUACUAACUUUGUAAGAAAUCAAAAGCAAACAGAAGAAUCAUACAGAAGGGAGGAAACUGAGUCUGCCAAUUUGUGAGGUCUGUGCUAGUGGAAAAAGGAGGCCACUCCAGCUUCUCAAGAAACAAAUCUACCCACAGCCAAGGAAUGAAAGAGACAGGAGGCCAAACAUGGUGUAAAUGCAUGCAUCGGGAGAUGGAGACCAGAGAAUCAGCUCAAAACCAGGCUCAGCUCCAUACUGAGUGUGAGGCCAGCUCAGUGACAUGAAACCCUGUCUUAAAAAACAAGUGAGAGCUAAGACUCAUUUUACAUCAUCUUUCCCACAUACACACUUCUCAGCGAAGAGCCUUAGGGUUUCUAUUCCUGUGAAAAAGUGACAUGACCAGAAAGCAAAUUGGGGAGGAAAGGGUUUAUUUGGCUUACACUUCCACAUCAUAGUCCAUCACUGAAGGAAGUCAGGACAGGAACUCAAACAGGGCAGGAUCCAGGAGAAGGCAGGAGCUGAUGCAAUGGCCGGAGGGGUGCUGCUUACUGGCUUGUUCCACAUGGCUUGCGUGGCCUGCUUUGUGAUAGAACCCAAGACCACCAGCCCAAGGAUGGUACCACCCACAAUGGGCUGGGCCCUUCCCCCAUUCAUCACUAAUUGAGAAAAUGCCUUGUGGUUGGAUCUCAUGGUGGCAUUUCCUCAGCUGUGAGGCUCCUUCCUCUCUGAUGACUCUAGCCUGUGUCAAGUUGACACACAAAACCAGCCAAGGGAUCAUGUCCUUCAAGACCCAGAGUCCCACAUAUCCCCAUCUGGAAGCCUCCCAUUCCCAACUACCAAGUUUCAUAAUAUUGUACAAGUGUGACUUUGAAUAUCAGCUAGACUUGGAAUGGUAGAACAAAGAGGGACUCCCCUCCUAUCCAAGGAUACUUCCAUCCUAACCCCAGAACCUGUGAGCCUGCUGCCUUUUUUGCUGGUGGUCCGGGCUGUCAGGGUGGUGUCAGGUAAUAUCUAGGUUCUUAGUCUUUUAUCCAAAGAAUUGAAACAAGGGUUCACACCAAUUAGCAAAAAAUAAAAAACUGCAAGUAACUCUAACCAGAGGGAACUAACAGUGUAGACUAGAGAGGGACACGUGUCAAGACCAACACGAGUGAGGAUGCUCAAAUCUCCGAUUACCAUUUGGUGCUUCCUUUUAUGGCUUCCAGGAGAAUGAAGGGUUUGUUACUAAGCAGUGGAGUGAGGGUACUGCAGUUUUGAUCAAUAGGUUUGGUCACCAAAUCAUCUUUCUGCUGUCAUACCCCUUCCCAUAAUGCAUCUGACUUUCACCAUAAACACACUGUUAUGCAUAGGCAGAAGAUGGUAAAAAUAGGAGAUUCUCCCUAAAAGCUUACUCCAGGACACAGUUUUGCCUUAUCCUGAAUGUACACCCCAAACCAGCUGAGGCCUGAUCAGCUUUUCUAUUCUUCAUACCUAGACACACUGGGAAUAUAUUUCAAUAGAAACUGUCUAAUUGUUGUUAGGGGAGGCAGGACUGACCCCAUUGUUUCAAGGGGUGUGUAUACAACCUGACAUGGGUGGUGAGCCAAGGUACCUGUUUAGAGAGGGGUGUGUGCAUAGUGUGUGCAUGUGAAGGAGCUAGGCCGCCUUAUUAGGAGAGGGAAAUACACCUAACCUUACCCAGAAGAGCCCCAAGUUACUGAACAAGACUGAGCAGCUCACCUUACCUAGCAAAAGAAUUUUGUAAAAGGAUUAUACAGUGAACCCUCAUUGAUUCCCACCAUCCAUAUCUAGCGGCUCACAACCAUAUGUAACUACAGCUCCAGGGAUCCAAGGUCCUCUUCUUGACUACAUGUACACAUUUCGGGUACCACACAGUCACACUGGAACAUAUAUAAUUCAAAAUAAAAUAUAUUAUUAUUAUUA